AUGAUGUUGUCGUUGAUGUUUUUGCUGCUACUGUUGUUUCUGUUGUUGAUGUCUUUGUCGUUGAUCAUCACAGACGUUUUAAAUCUAACACUGAGCACCUUCUUAAUCCUCUGGAGUGUUGAAAAUGAUGACGGCGACGACGAUGAAGAGGACAGUGGUGAUAAUGAAAGUGUUGACGAUGUCGACCAUGAGAAUGAUGAUUAUAUGAAGAUGAUGAUGGUCUAUGUUUACUUCAAGUGUGACAGUCAAAUUCCAAAAUUCAACUUCCAUGGGACGUUUUUAUACACAACACAAUUCCGCCAGUUCAGAUUUUACACCUUAAAUCUUUAUUAUGAUUAA